AUGGACAGUGACAUCGAGUGCACUCUCAACAAGUUUGCUGACGGCACCAAGUUGUGUGAAAUUACAUGCCGUUCUUUAGCUGUGAUAGAUUCUAACUGUGGUCCAGGAGGUAAACACAUAAAGAACGUCACUCCAAAAGUAGGUGAUGCUGAAACUCGUAAAGCCAUUCGCCGUGCCUUUGAUGUGUGGCAGAAUGUAACUCCUCUAACAUUUGAAGAAGUUCCUUAUAUUGAAUUAGAAAAUGGCAAGAGGGACGUGGAUAUUACAAUCAUUUUUGCAUCAGGUUUUCAUGGAGACAGUUCUCCCUUUGAUGGGGAAGGAGGAUUUUUGGCUCAUGCUUAUUUCCCUGGGCCAGGAAUUGGGGGAGACACUCAUUUUGACUCAGAUGAGCCAUGGACUUUGGGAAAUCCCAAUCAUGAUG